AUGGCAUUCAAAAUAUUGAUGACACUGGCUGUUGUUGCUGUAGCUAUGGCCAGCAAUAAAACAGACAAGAGGAGCUUGGAAGGCUGGAAUGGGCUGUCCGGUUGGAAUAGUCUACCAGGCUGGGCGCCUCCUCAGCUUGGGCCGUUCGUCCAUGGACAAGGAGCACCAGAUACCAGUUCGGAGGUAGCUGGAGCAGUAGCCGCAGCUAAAGCCGCCGCCGCAGCAGUGAUGGCAGCCCAACACGAUGUGGCAGCUGCAAAGCAUGCUGCCAUAGAACAGCAGAGCAUCGCCAGUGCUAAGGAGAUUGCGGCAGCUCACGCCGCGCAGAGAAGCGAGGAAGCGGCUCGUCAUGCUCGUGCGCAUGCACUUGAAGCAGCACAAGCAGCUGUACAAGCGCAAACACAACUAGCUACGGCUAAAGCUCGCGCUGCUGUAGCACAAAAGAUUGCCGCUGCCAGAGAAGCUGCAGCAGCUAAAGCGCUGCAAAGGGCUGCACACUCGCAAGCAGCUAGACUGCAAAAUGCAGACAUAGAAUCGCUGAAGCUGGCCGUAAUCCAGAAGUCUGGAGCGGCCGGUGCUGCCGGGGCUGCUCAUCACGCCGCCACAGCUGCAGCAGCCGCGCUCACUAGCAGUGGAGGGUGGCCCGCGCCCGCCUGGCCCAAAUUGCCUUCACAAGGAUGGGUCCCUUCAUCUGGACCGUGGGCUUGGUCUUAAUAUCAUGUUGUAGCUACAGUUAUUGACCUUAUCAUUUUGUUAGGUCCUUGUUGUAAUGCAUAUGAUAAUAUAUAUAAGUACCUAUAUAAGUUUCCUGUUAAUAUUAGUAUUUUUUUUAAUGUAAGAAUAUAUCAUUUUCGUUGUAUUAUUCUAAUACUUAUAUUUUUAAUUAAAAACUAUUUUUAGAAGCAUAACUUUUUGUAACAUUGCAGAAUGUUGCUAAGAUCAUCACCAUCUUUCAUUUAUUUCAUUUUCAUUUUACAUGUAGAAAUUAUUUUUUUCACUUGACAUUGGCAGAAUUGUGCGAAAUGCACAGUUAAGCCAUUAAUAAAAGAAGAAAACGUUUCUAGUAUUAAGUUGGUAUUUUUUUGUAUUAUAUUAAAUUUAGUGUAAUCAAUUUGUUAUUGUAACUUGUAAACUUUAUAUAAUAAAAUAGAAAGCUUGAAAAAGAUUGUGUUAUUUUCUCUUUUAUUAAGUUUAUUAACCUAUAUUAAUUACCUAUAACCUGUUGGAACUAUUUAGUUUACACACCAACCUUCUUUCAUAUAUCUUUUGAUAGGCCACUUUGUUUUUUCUCUUUAUAUUCUUUGUCAUUGUCAGUUUGUUUUUUUCUGUUUAAAAUAUUUAUCAAGAAAAUACAUAAGUCUUUUUAUCUUACAUAUUAUUAUUUUAUUUGGAGUUGAGAGAAUACCUAUUUAAAGGCAAUAAGUUCCUU